UAAUAACAGAGCUGCACUGUAGCUAAGCACUAUAUGAGGUGUUUUUGCAUUGUUAUUACGCAUGUGAUGAUUAUAAUAUGUAAUGUAACGAUAAUCAUAAUGACAAAAUAACCACUUUGAAUAAGAAAACAAAACUGAAUAAAAAAAAUAAUAAAUACAGAUAGAUUUACUGUUUUAUUAAUUCGAACAGUGCUUUUUGUUAGACUUUAAAUGUUUAGGUUAGCGGCUGAUUGAACUAGAUAUUUCGACAGAAUAAAAAGGGUCUAUCUGAGGUGCGUCAAGAUAUCCUCAAAAUAAGAUUAUUUAGAAGUCCUACAAAAUCGUGUCGGAGUAAGUACAUCGUGGAUAGUCUGCUAGUCAAGGUAUGAUCUUCUGUCCAUAUGUUACGAAUUUAGAUUUCGAAAUAUUUUACUAAAAAGAUCUUGAUCAUUUAAAAAACUCCGGCAUUUACCACUGAAUGAGAAGUACGUAUCCUGAAAUGCUCACUUUUUAUUGUUAACAUGAUGAGAAUUUUUUUACUUACCUUUCUAAGUUAGCGCGUCGUAAAUGUGAUUACCGCACAAAAAGUAGGAGGAUACUGUAUAAUCAAAUUCCCUACAAACAUUGUGAUCACAAUCCUGUCACGUAAAUGGCAUCUAGACGAUUGCUUUUUCGAUUGCGAAUUUGUAACCUGCCUACGACGCCAAAAACAUUCAGCCUCUUACUCAAAUUGGAGUUGCAACUGAUGCUUAAAGCUACAGCAACGUACGUUUGUGGGAUCCCUGUUUCGUACCAUGUUUCGUUCUAUAGUACAUAUAUACAUGUUAUUUUUCACACUCUAAGAAUAUUCUCAGCGUUACGCCUAUAGAACUAAAUCAAUACUGUUCCAUAUAAACCUUACAACUACGAGAAAAACACUUAAUAUCAGAUUGUUUUCUACCUAUUAAUAUUCGGUCCCUCUGAUUAGUUUAAUGCCGGCAUGUACCAACAUGACAGAAGUGUGCAGCGCAUUUCAAUAAACACUCUCCUGUCUACAGAGAGGAUUGUUAUUUGCAGGGAGUAUCAUUUUUAUUACAUUAUCAUUAUAAUGUAUUACAUCACUGAUAUUAUUGCGUAUGUGUUAAUGCGAUGGCGCGUGGUGGCAGGGCAAAGUUACAGAAUUUAAAAGAAUAGCGCAUCCGGUCUCGCAUUUAUGCGUGAAACAAUGAGAGGCACCGUGACGCAGACAGUUGACAGCUGAAAUUUGCAAUUCAAUUUUCUGGUAAUUUAAUGGAAGUCAUUUUGCUUCAGCGAAAAGUUUUCGUUUCAGAGGUAGAGCGGGCACAUCACGACGAAGACUACUUGUUAUCCCUCGAUAGUGCAAUACGCCGAUCUGUAGAUUCGACACACUGCGUAGCGAUCUCCAGUAUCGGAUGUGUGCAGCUGUCGAAAUGCUGCCUCGCUCGACGGUUGCUGCCUCUUUUAUCGUUGUUGCCAUGCUGGACCUCGGCCAGGUAAUGAGCCAGUGUCCCAAGAAAGAUAUCAAGUGCAUCUACCCCGUGCUCAAAGAAUUCGAUCCUUCGGGCAUACAGUUGCUUGGUCACGCAUCCUGCCUUCGUAGAGAGUGUCCCAAUCUCGUCGAUGACGAUAAAGGCGAGUCAAAGGAUGUUGUUCUAAAACUACAUAACGAACUGCGACAGAAGAUAGCGCUCGGAGAGGAUGUUCACUUUAGACGGACAGCGAGAACCAGCCAGGGGGCCGGCAACAUGCUACAGAUGGUCUGGGAUGAUAACUUAGCUGAGAAUGCCAUGAAUUGGGCCUUUCAACUGUGCUUGGAUAGAGGUAGACCAACCGGCCGAUUAUGGAGACAUGACCAAUUAAAAUGCCGCAGCACAGACCAGUUCAUGUAUGUUGGUCAGAAUCUCUUUUGGGUGCAUGAUGACCACGGCAUUAUCAACUGGAAACAUGCCAUCGGAACAUGGUACAACCAACGUUUCAACAUGAACGACAAUUUCGUUGAGCAGCCACCGGGGCUAUACACAAACGUUUCUGAGUUCAUACAGCUUAUAUGGGCACAUUCGUUUAAGGUUGGCUGCGGCUAUUUGAAGGCUACUUUUGAUAAUCCUGUGGAUCCUGCACAUCGCUACGUUCAGUCAUUCUACAUUUGUAACUAUGGACCCCAAGGAAAUAGGCCUUGGAUCUAUAUUUAUCGGGUUGGCAAUCCAGCAUCCAACUGUCCCCAAGGAUCACUUCCAAGUAAAGAAUACAUAGGCUUAUGUAAAGUCUACGACGAGGAUGUAGUUCGACAGAAUAAUGGGAACUAUUGAAAUGAAAAGACACCGGCAGCUCAAUAAUAAAAAACCCUGUUAAACAGAUUCCUUGCUAAAAGCACAGGCAAAUUAUCCGAU